AUGCCUCUUGCGCCCGCGGCCUCCCCGAAGCUGCCAGAAGAGCUCUGGGCGUCGAUCUUCGAGUACUGCGACUCCACUCCGCCGUCCAUCGUCAAGGCGAGGCUAGAGCCCAGUCUGGAUCUAACGAAAUCCACAAAUCAAACGCUUAAAACCAUCUCCGUGGUCUCGAAAAACUGGCGACGAAUCGUCCUACCCUUGUUAUUCACGUCCGCUUGUCUGCAACUCGAUUUACGCCAGUGGGCUGAGGAGAUCCCCCGCGUUGCCAAGCGAGUGGACAAAAGGGCAGAUGUCUCGACUUCGAGAUCCGCCGACGCUCAAGAUGGCUUGGUUGACUACAAGCCGUGGAUCCCCUCUGCCAUCGAGGACUUCUGCGGCUUUGUGCUAGCAGCACAACUCGCCCCUGUGGUUCAGAGCUUUGUGCUGGUUAUCGACCGCUCCUAUCGAAGCAAUGAGAAGGCCUCACCAGAGCAGCGACGCCGCCACAGCAAACGGCCAAGUCCAGCCGUAGCGGCAGCGUUGUGGCAGUACAUACUCUCCAUCAUCGAUCCAGGGCGGGUCGUCAUUAUGGCUCCUCCCAACGAGCUCCAUAGCGUGGUGUCCCCGACCGAGUGGCGCCCGCAUGACGGUGACUGGGUGUGGACGAUGACGAAUUUGCAAAUGCUCGAGCUGCGACAGGAACAACAUGUCACGCCGAAGCCGGUCGGGGCGGCCUUGCGGAGUCCUGCGCUGACGAGAUCAAAGCAUGGUCCUUGCCUGCUCGUUCUCCGUGAGUGGCAGCAUCUGGGCUUGAACGAAGGCAGCUUUCUACCAGCUUACGGUACGUAUGACUACUUCGAGCGAGGCGCCCCAUUGCUUGUACAAUCCAUCACCCGGCGUUUCGGGUGGGAUUAUCAAUCAGGGAGCUCGAGCGGAUGCAGGUGGGCCGAGCUCCUAUCUUCAGUCCAUUCAUUCACGUACACCGCCAUCUUUCCCUUCGCUACCCACACCCGCCCCGUCCGGUGGCUUCAGAACCUUGAGGUUCUGGACGUGCAAUUAGCACCUGAUCCACAGUCUGGCAUGCUCGACGACAAGAGCCAGACGGGGCGAGCGGAUCUGCAGGAUUGCUGGCGCGAAUUGCUGUCGGUGUACCGGGAUGCUGCCGACAUGGAGUUCCAAAGGACCAAGGGAGGCGCUUCCAGAUUGCGGAAGAUUAUCUGCCGGGAUGCUCAAAUUUCUGCGCUGAGAGCGGAUCUCAGCCAAGCGUUCCAUGGUCUGACAUCCCCACGGGUUGCGAGGAUAGGGCGUGUUUAUCAGUGGUCGGAAGAAGACGAGCCUGGCGUCUUCAUCAAGCAUGCCCGUGAAAGUGGAUCGAAAGGCCACUUGCUCACUUGA